AUGGACUACUGGCAAAGAAGAGAAAGAGAGACAAAACUUUAUCGAUUCAUAGAGCUUAUAGUGAAAGUCAUUCCUGCAGUAUACAUUGCAAUUGUUUUUCACUUGAUGGGCUUGAAAGAAUGUGACCCUCCAGAACCAAUUGGGAUUGUUUAUUCUGUUAGAUAUGAAAUAGAAGUUAGACUUCAUUAUGCUAUCAAGAAAUUCUUAUGGAAGACCCAGAAAGCUGGAUAUUAUAUUAGAUUCAAAAGCUCAAAGGGUUGUAACUUCUUCGCUAAACAUUACAAAAGAGCUCAAAAGUCUUUACUCUCAUUUUUAAACAAGCUCAUCAAAACCUAUAAAGGUAAACCAGAUAUAAGUAGUAACAAAGAGUUGUGCUUUCCAUCAGAAAUUUGGUUAAAAAUUGUUCAGUAUGGUGUCAAUCCAGGUAAUAUGAUAAGAGUGAAUAAACGGUUGUUCAAUUUAUUUUCACCUAUGGUAUAUCAUUCAUUCCACUUGGAUUUGGUUUUAAGCUCAACUUCUCUUUUACAAAAACAAUAUUCACAUUACUUGGACUUUGCUGAGCUUUAUUAUCUUCAUCCUCAAGAUCCUUAUAAGCUUUAUGAAAAUUAUCAAAAAUCAAAGGGAGCUAAGUAUGAAUUUUUGGAUACUUAUCAUAGAAGGUUCCCAAAUGAAAGCUAUUAUACAUCCAAUUGUGAAUUAAGCUCAGGUGCAGUUGUAACUAUCAAAACAAAGGUAUUUAGAAGCUUUAAAGAUGUUGAAAGAUUUCUAAGCCAAACCAUUACGAAUGAAAAUUCUUAUUUUAGACAUUUUGUACAAGAGUUGAGUUCAAAUAUCACUAUCAUUGAUGAUUUUAAUGAAUUGAUUGAAGACUGUUUUAUGUUUGGAGAAACUAUAAGUAAGCUCUCAAAGAAUGAAGCACUUAAUGUUUUAUCAUGUAAUGCAAAAUCAUUCCAGGUAUUUGAUUUUUUAACUGAAGAAUACGAAGAUUGUAUCAGAAAAAAUAUUGAGCCACCUUUGUUCAAAGAGUCACUCAUUGACUUGGUUUCUACUUCAUAUUUACCUUUCAAAGAUAUAUUACCAGAAAACCCAUACUUCAGAGAGAUGACCCUUGCUGGAAUUCUUUUUGAUGAUCUCCAAGAAGGGAAGCAAAGAAGAAGGCUACACAACAUAAAAACCAACGGAGAGCUUGAAAAUUGUAAUCCGUUCAAAAUAUGGGACUCGGUGAGUAAGCCUAAAGGUAACCUAUUCGCGAAGAAAGAGUCAAUUUUAAAAGGUCCAGGAACAGUUCAAGUUCAUGGUCGUCAUUUUUUUACUGAAGAAGAAACACAAAACUUUUUGAGUCAGUUUGUUAGAUCCGUUACUGAAUUUGAGUCACAUAGAAAUUUUAAGUCUUCUAUUUUGAUUUCAGGUGUUACCCAGAUUUUUGAUAUCUCUCAAACACAGGAAGAUCAAAACAGUAUAGCUGUUCCAUAUGAGGUUGUGCCUCAGAUAAUUUUGAUUAAUAGAUCAAUAUAA